AUGUCGGGGGCCACAAAAUAUCGGCCUGCGGGCCGCGAGUCUGAGACCCCUGCUGUUGAAGACCGACUGCGGUCGUUCCUGAGAUGCUGCAGUACUGGGAGAAACGGGAAGAAGGAGCUGAAGGUCCAGCUGAGGGCCGAGAAGGAGGAGAGACAGAGGCUGGAAACCAUGUGGGAGGACGAGAGAAAAGAUCUGCUGGAGAUGAUCAAUAAAAAGAAGAAUCUGAGGAUGACCAGAAUUCCUGAAAUCAAAUCAGGAGGAGGUGAAGAACAUCAGGAGCGACCUGCUGGAGGAACAAAAGCUCAGUCUGAUGGAGACAGAGCAACACCGACUGAAAGUGGAAAGUCUGAAAGCUCAGUGGGAGGAGGAGAAGAAAUGAUGAGAAAGAUCAGAGAACUCGAGGAGCUCCGACUGAAGGAGCAAAUGCAGCAGACACUGUUAGGAGAAAGACUCCGGUUAGCUGUGGAAAGAUUUGAGAAGAAAGUUAAAGGAUUUGUACUUAACGACGUGGAGAAGAACAACUCCCGCGUCAAACUCGCCGUCAAAAGCCUGGUGACCAAGGACAUCCUGGUGCAGACCAAGGGCACCGGCGCCUCAGGAUCUUUCAAGCUCAACAAGAAGCAGAUCGAGGUGAAGAAACCCGCGGCCAAAAAAGCCGCCGCUCCUAAAGUGAAAAAGGCCGCAAAGAAACCCGCAGCUGCAAAGAAGCCCAAGAAGGUAACAGCCAAGAAACCCGCCGCUAAGAAGUCCCCCAAGAAGGGUUCCAAGAAAACCGUCCCCAAGACCGCCGGCAAAGGAGGCAAGAAGCGCAGAAAGGCCAGGAAGGAGAGCUACGCUAUCUACGUGUACAAGGUCCUGAAACAGGUCCACCCUGAUACCGGGAUCUCCUCCAAGGCUAUGGGCAUCAUGAACUCCUUCGUCAACGACAUUUUCGAGCGUAUCGCUGGUGAGUCCUCUCGUCUGGCUCACUACAACAAGCGCUCCACCAUUACCUCCAGGGAGAUCCAGACCGCCGUGCGCCUGCUGCUUCCCGGUGAGCUGGCCAAGCACGCCGUGUCCGAGGGUACCAAGGCCGUCACCAAGUACACCAGCUCCAAGUAA